UAAAACUUGUGUCAGAGGUGUGUCAGGUGUUCGGUGACACCGAUUCGUACCCUAGUUCGAUCGGAAUAAUUUACAAGUAAAUUAACUUUUACAAAAUGCCGAAUAUUGUAAAUGAAAUUAAGUUGGACUUUAAAGAUGUGAUGCUAAGACCUAAAAGAAGUACAUUGAAAAGUAGAGCUGAUGUCAACCUCUACAGAGAAAUUACCUUCCGAAACUCAAAACAGACUUACAAGGGAAUUCCAUUAAUUGCAUCAAAUAUGGAUACAGUUGGAACUUUUGAAAUGGCUAAAGCUUUGGCAAAGCAUGGCCUGUUUACGACUAUGCACAAAUAUUACUCAGUAGAAGAUUGGAAAGAUUUUGCGGAAAAGAAUCCGGAAGUCUUGCCUCACAUAGCUGCUUCAUCAGGCACAAGUGAGGCUGACUACGAGCGGCUCACGCAAAUUCUGGAGGCAGUGCCCGGAAUACGCUUUGUUUGUCUCGAUGUAGCCAACGGUUACUCUCAGCAUUUUGUAGAAUAUCUGCGGAGAGUGCGAGCAGCCUUUCCUACACAUACAAUCAUGGCUGGCAACGUGGUGACGGGUGAGAUGGUAGAAGAGUUGAUACUGUCUGGCGCAGACAUCAUCAAGGUGGGCAUCGGCCCCGGCUCCGUCUGCACCACUCGGAUGAAGACCGGCGUAGGCUACCCACAACUGAGUGCAGUACUAGAAUGUGCAGAUGCCGCACAUGGGCUGCAGGGACAUAUAAUCUCCGACGGAGGAUGUACGUGUCCGGGAGAUGUGGCCAAGGCGUUCGGCGCAGGUGCCGACUUUGUGAUGUUGGGAGGGAUGUUGGCCGGACACGACCAGAGCGGAGGAGAGAUCAAACACAAACCUGACGGCACUAAGGUCAAGCUGUUCUACGGCAUGAGCUCCGAUACAGCCAUGAAGAAACACGCUGGCGGAGUCGCAGAGUACAGGUCCUCGGAGGGUAAGACUGUGGAGGUGCCUUACAGAGGUGAUGUAGAGGUUACUGUGCUAGAUAUCCUGGGAGGUCUAAGGUCCGCUUGUACCUACACUGGGGCCGCCAAGCUGAAGGAGUUGCCCCGCCGAGCUACGUUCAUCCGAUGCACUCAACAGCUCAACCCCGUCUACGCUAAUCUGUCCGCCAGAUAAAUCAGCUGUCUCAGCAUUCAUCUUUCCCGCUGAUGUAGCUCAAAUUUUGGCUCAUUUAGAUUAUUUUAAAUUAUUUCAUAGACUUUAGAUCUUGGUUGUCCUUGGCCAUAGCUUCGCCUGAGGUGCUUAUGAGGAGCUUGCAUUUAUAUCGAGUCAGUGCCUAUAAGUCGGUAAAUGUAGCCACAAUGGCUUUCAUGUUGACGUUAUUUGUUUAAGUAUAUUUAUGAUAUAAAAUAUUCCUGCUUAUGAGUUUUUAAAUAUUGUUCUCUAGCAUUAUAGUUUGAAAAUUUGAUCAAAUUUUAUGUUGAAAAACAAUAUCUACAUGAACCAUUUUAGAAUUUACUAUGUAAAAUACUGUGAUACUGUAAGUGGUAAAAUUUUUAACUCAUAUGACCAAAGAAACAAAAAACCAGUACCGUAUAUAAAGAAAUUUACAUUUUAUCUGACAUGUACAACACAACACAGAUCGCACAAAAUUGUUAGUAAUGAGUUGGACAGAGUACAGUUUUAUCAUUAAAUUUACACCAUCUUCUAACUAAUCCUUUUAUUACAAAGUGUAAAGAAAAUGUUUUCUAUCAUAUAACAAGUACAGAUAGACCACACAAAAGACACGGAACACACAAUAUUUGCUGUAUGUUUUAUGUAUCUUCUGUGUGCUAUAUUUCUUCUAAGGUAAGCUAGCUGCUAUCCUCUUAUUCGGCCAUUCAAAAUCCUGGCUUAAAGCCGUUUUCUUGAACAAAACUAUUUUUUCAUUACUUUUACAAGUUUAACAAACAAUUGAACAAAAUUUUUAUACGUUGUAAAUAUUACCAAUAAUGUGGAUAUUGAUGAAAGAUCAAAUGCGGUGAAUUGAGAUGAUCCCUUUGAGCUCAAGAGGUCGAUAUCCUUGUAACAUAAUCAAAAUAUCAUUAAAAAAAACUUUCUUUGCAAAUACCAUUCAACUGAAACAACCUAAAAACUAUGCCUGAUAUUUACUGCAACCUGAUGGUGAAAUUUAGUACUGAGAUUCGGGUUUACCGAUGUUAGGCUCAAAGUUGACAUUUAUACAAAUUUUUAAGGGUAGAAUUGCAUUACCCAUGUGGUUUAUUAGUUUAUUUAAUUAUAUUGUAAAUGUGUUUUUACUCUCUUCUUCCAUUAUUUGACUGUAGUAUGUUGCACAAAAUAUACGAAAUGAAAAUAGCUAUAUUUCCCUAUUGGAAAAUUUGCUAAGAGACUGAAAUAUUUUCUAUGUACUUCAUAAAAUGAAGAAAAAUUACCAUUACAAUUUAAAACUAUUUAAUACUAAGAAAAUUUAGAGGGUAAUUUAUUUAUUUGCUUACAUAUGAAUUGAAAUUUGGCACCAUGAGUAUCAGACUAAUACCAUUAAAGACAUCCCAUCUAUGGAUCAGCUGUUGCCAAUUUUUUACUAAAAUGAAUGUAGUUGUGUGAGCCAGUCACAGUUUGCACUAGUGACUAAAACUCUAUUUUGUACCUUAUUUUUUGUUACUGAAAUAGUUGCUGGGCCAAAACAGUUGCUAUAGCUCAUAAAUAAGUCAUUCCAUCAGAUUGACUUGGUAAAAACCAUCGUGUAAUCGGCAGAAAUCAGUAAUUUAGAUCAGUGCAAUCUGUAGGUGGCUCACAUCAACUAAGACAAACUUGAUUAAAAACCUGACGACAACUUUAACAUGGGGAUGGAAUGUCUAAUAGGCUUAAUUCGGUUUUUUCACAACUAUCUGUCUUAUCUAGUCAACUUUGCCAAAGGAAUUUGCCGUGCAAAUUUUUCAAUCUUCUAUUACCUAUCUCUAGUCAAUUUUGCAUAGAAAUUAUUCAUUGUGAAAUUAUUUUGAUCUUUUUUCUAUAAUUUAUUCUAUUGUGGAAUUAUUUGUAAAAGAUAUAUUUUGCAUCAAUUAUUUUGAUUAUUUUGAUACAUCUUACUUAAACAUAUCGUUUCCCUUCACUUAUGAUUUUAUGACCAAAUCACACAUCUCAAUGUGUAUAUACA